AUGAUUCAGAUCAUGAGUCAAAAUUCAUCAUCAUCACCAACAUGUUCACUGUCUUCAAUCAGAUCAUAUUCAGUGGAUAGCAGCGAUGAGCUUGCAAUGAAGUUAGCCCGCAGAAACAAGAUCAUUGAAGGUGAAACAGUUGACGCAGUUGUGGCUCGACAUCCGAGCAUAUACGCAGAAUUCAGCGAGUUUUCUAGAAAGCAGAUCAAAUAUUUCAUCGAAACAUUUAAAAAUUUAAAUUCCUUCCAAAUUGCUUCGACCAAGCAAUUUGCUGAUUUCAUAAGAAUUUUGCAAUUCAUGCAACCAUUUAUUGUCCGAAUAUCUUUUCUGAACAUUUCAAGGUUCGAUGAAGAUGGAGAUUCAUUCAUCGAUUUCAAUGAACUGAAAAGAAUGAUGGAAAAACUUGGAGAGGCGCAAACUCACAUUACACUUAAACAAAUCCUUAAAAUGGUAGAUGAGGAUGAAGAUGGUAAAAUUUGUCUGCGGGAAUUUUUGUUGAUUUUUCGUUACUCAUUGACAAAUCGACUGAUGUGUUCAAAUGUCUUCAAUGAGCUUGCUUUAUCAGUUGAUGUCGCUAAGGAAGGAGUCCAAGCUGCUGCUAAUUUCUUUCAAGCUAAGAUUGAGGAAUUAUCGAAAUUAAGCAAAUUCGAAGAGGAAAUCAGAGCGGAACGUGAAGAGAAGAGACAAGCUGAAUUCGAGAAGAAGGAACGCCGGCAACAAUUCCUCGCCAAUAGAGCUGUCUUCCACUCUUAA